UGUGUGUAUCUUGUAUGAUACAGAGUGACUUGGAUCGUUCUCAAAAUUCUAAAAGUCGGGCAAAUCUAAUAAAUAAUGAUAUUGGGAACAAGCUAAUGCACAAUCCAGCUGCUUUGGAUCAAAGACAAGUGUUGAGAAAGUCCCUUAAUCACAAGGAUUUGAGAUCAUAUGAUGGCUACUCUAGUCAUUCUUCAGUUCUAACUGACGAUGAAGGAGCAGGUGCUUACUUAAAAAAAAGUGGAAGUGAGAAACUGCGAGCAGUUCAUGUGCAGAAGAAGGUUGGACUCACUGACAUGGCUAAUGGAUUGCACAAAGCAGUGCGGAAAGAAUUGAGGCAAAUGGAAACGGAUCUAGCGGCGGUGAAAUCAAGGGCCUCCACUUUAUCCCCAGGUGGUCGGUUGCUGUCUGAUAAUUCUAAUGCUAUUCAGACUGUUUCUUCAGUCAGACGGAGCUAUGAAUCUGAAUUGGAACAGUCAGAGAAACGAAAACAAGAUUUAUUAGCUGAAAUUGUAUUUGAGGAGCAGCGAGGCAGAGAACUUUCCUUAAAUAAAAUUAUUUGUAAUUAA